AGGACCACAAGUUUUCUCUCACUACAAGAAGGGUAUAAAGACAGGAGGUUUCAGCGCCAAGAUUAUAAAAAAAGGGAUUUUUUUUGUCUGGAAAAAGGAAGAAAGAUUGGAUUUUCAAUUCUGGGUUGUGUUUGGAUUGAGUGAUUUAGAACUGGGUUGGUGGGAAAAGUUUGGAUUUUGAGUGCUGGGUUGUGUUUGGUUGGAUUGUGGGAUUUUGAACUGGGUCGGCGGAGAAAUGUCGAGUUCGUCGGAGAAAUUUUCAGGCCAGAGAGGGAUGAGGACGGCGGAGAAGCCGUCGAGCUUCACUCAGACAUGCAGCAUGCUUUGCCAGUACCUCAAGGAGGAAGGCAGCUUUGGAGAUCUGAAUCUUGACAUGGCAUGCAACAACAUGCAACAAUCAAAUGGAGGAGCACCUGAGAUGUUUCAUCAGAAAGCCCCACCCAUGAAUUUCUUUCCAUUUAUGGAAACUUCUCGAAACAUGCCAACGGCGGCUAGAGAUUUCAAAUCCAUGGAUUUGUUUCCUCAACAAGCUGGUUUUGGUCCCUCUGCCCCCACUCCCAGAGAAGAGGUCCCCAUGAUGGCUGAUUCUAGUGUGAAGAAAUCUGCCCCGGGAGAGCCUCAAAAGGCACAAAUGACUAUCUUUUAUGAUGGACAAGUCAUAGUGUUCAAUGAUUUUCCCGCGGACAAGGCGAAGGAAGUCAUGCUCUUAGCAAGCAAGGAAAGUUCCCAGAGGCAUACCACUCCAGCUUCUACUCCGGCCAACAUUAACAAUGCCUUUGCCUCUCAUUUGGGCAAGAGUCCAAUUAAUUCCAGCAGUUCAGUUCCCCCGAGCACAAACAUGUUGCCUAAGUUUGACAAUCAAGCGAUCCAGGAGGGCGACAAGCCAUCCCCUCGACCGAUAGUCUGUGAUCUUCCACUUGCGAGGAAAGCUUCGCUGCAUCGAUUCCUUGAAAAGAGAAAGGAUAGGCUCAGCACGCGAGCACCGUACCAAACGAGCAGCCCUUCAUCCGGCCCGGUGAAGCCAACCGAAAACAAGUCAUGGUUAGGGUUGGCUGCUCAACAAACCCAAUGAUAUGAGAACCUGUGUUCUUGUAUGCAUCCUUAGGCUUCCUUAUAGUUCAAGCCUGUGCUAUAUUUUUCAAUUUUGGCGGGUUUAAUUUAAGCCCGGAAUUUCAUUAGCUCUAUAUUUUUCUGCCAUAUUAGGUCUACCAACUGUUGGUUAAUCUUAAUUGGCUUCAGUAAGCAUGUAAUUAAGCUUUUGAUGGAAGGAAUUCAAUUAGUAAUGAUAUAAUUUUGAAUUUUUAUAAAAUUAAUUCACUUUUUGUU